ACGCCCGCCCAUACGGAUUAUUUGACCCAAAUGAAAGUGCUUAACCAGAGAAAACUUUCUUCACCUGCGGGUGGCGCGUAGCACAGGCACAGUACUCCCUCUUCAGCAAUGGAAAUGGUGAGAAAAUGAGCUUGUGCUUCCACGCAAUUCCCCGACGAUACAUCUUAAAGAACACAAUAACAAAAGCCACCCACCGAUCUUCCCACGAUUUGCCGACUCACAACCGCCAAAGCCCACAGCCGGAACUCCCUCUCAUCUUCUCUAAUUACCAAUCCUUUACUCAAAGCGAAAACAACCCAGAGUCUCUCCAUUUAGAGCUCCUAGCUCAGUUACAAAAUCAUGGGUCGGAACACACCCCUUAUAUUUUUAACAAAGUCGUAUCCUUUUGUUCAAAAUGGGCUUCGCUCGAUUUGGGUAUCCAACUCCAUUCCAAAAUCGUCAAACUGGGUUUCGAUUCCAACGUGUAUAUCAACAGUGCUCUUGUUGAUACGUACUGUAAAUGUGGGUUUCUUUCAUGUGGCCAACAGUUGUUUGAUGAAAUGCCUCGAAGAAAUGCAGUCACUUGGAAUUCUUUGCUUUCUGGUUAUUUGCAAGCCCUGUGGCCUGAAAUGGCUACUGAAUUAUUUAUGGAAAUGAUUAGAACUGGAAUAGCUCCAACGCCAUUUAGUGUAUCAGCUAUUCUAGUUGGUUGUGCUCAGUUAGAAGAUGGAGAACUCGGGGCUCAGGUGCAUAGUCUUAGUUUAAAAGCUGGUUUCUGCUCAAAUGUUGUAGUGGGGACGGGUUUGAUUCAUAUGUACUCAAAAUGUGCAAAUGUUGAGGCUUCAAGGAGGCUAUUUGAUCAGAUGCCGGAUAAGAGUGUUGUUUCAUGGACUUCAAUGAUUACUGGCUAUGCACAGAAUCAUCAGCCUGAUGAGGCGAUGAUGUUAGUAAGAGAAAUGUUGUGUUUGGGCAUUAAAGCGAAUUAUGUCACUUAUAAUAGUUUGCUGAGUUCAUUUUGUCAUCCUGAUGAUUUGGACCAUUGCAAACACCUCCAUUGUCACAUACUAAAGGAAGGACUGGAGUCUAAUGCAUACUUAGCAGUUACCCUGGUAACUGUAUAUUCAGAUUGUGGUUGUAGCUUAGAGGAAUUUUAUAGGAUAUGCUCCAGUGUCAUGGUAUGGGACCAAAUUUCGUGGAAUGCGGUCAUUUCUGGUUUCUCUAACAUAGACAAUGGUGAGGAAGCCUUUAUAUGCUUUUCUAGAAUGAGGCAGGCUGGCAUUGAUGUUGAUUUGUUCACAUUCACUAGCAUUUUGAAAGCAAUGGGAAUUAGUUCAGCCCUUGAAGAGGGGACACAAAUCCAGACUCUAGUUUUCAAGACUGGUUAUGCUUCAAAUGUGUGUGUACAGAAUGGGCUUGUGUCCAUGUAUGCAAGAUGUGGUAAGAUCGAUUAUGCGAAGAGGGUGUUCUUUUCAAUGGAUCACCAUGAUGUGAUCUCGUGGAAUUCACUACUUUCAGCAUGUGCUCAGCAUGGCUAUGGUAGAGAAGCCGUUGAAAUGUUUGAACAUAUGAGAAGAAGUGGGGUUAAACCGAAUUCAACCACAUUCCUUGCUGUUCUUUCUGCUUGUGGCCAUGUUGGGUUGCUGCACAAAGGGCUUGAGUAUUUCAAUUUUAUGAAAAACGAUGAUUCCGUACAGCCACCCAAAGUAGAGCACUAUGCUUGUGUUGUGGAUCUAUAUGGUCGAGCUGGGUUCCUCCAUGAAGCCGAAGCCUUUAUCAAUAGCAUGCCAAUAGAUCCGGGAUCUUCUGUCUUCAAAGCUCUGCUAAGUGCUUGUCAAGUUCAUGGAAAUAAGGAAAUUGCUAGACGUGCUGCAAGAAAGCUUGUCGAGCUUUCCCCUAAUGAUCCUGCAACAUAUGUACUGUUAUCUAAUGUGCUGGCAACUGGAGGUUACUGGGAUGAUGCAGCAGGUGUGCGCAAGAUUAUGUGUGAUAAAGGAGUGAGGAAGAAGCCUGGUUAUAGUUGGAUAUGACUUUGAAUAAAAUUAUGGGAAAAUUUCAUUCACACUUCCUUGUAGUUGGGUCUAAAUUCAAUGACACUUAUUCCCGAUUCUUAAACUGUACUGCACCCCCUCCUACUUUAUACUUAUGAAUUAUGGACA